AUGGCGGAAUUGAAAUCAUUAAUUCAGGAACGCGGUACGAUUAGAGGAAGAGUAACUGCCUUUCAAAAGUAUAUGAAAAUUAUAGAAGCAAUUAAUUCUAAAGUAAUGCCUAAGGUUCAGCUUAAUGAGCUUCAAUUUAAACUAGAAAGAUUUCAAAACUUAUUGACCGUUUUUGAUGAAGUUCAACGAAAAAUUGAAUUAUUGAGCGAGGAUACUCUAGAACAAGAAAGGCAAAUACAAGAAAGGGAAACAAUGGAAAACCAUUUUUGUUCCUUAAUCGUACAAGCGCAGAAUAUUAUUGAGAGCUGUGUGGAUGCUCAAAACCUGAAUGAUAGUAGUCGUAACGAUGGUUCUUUAAAUUCAUUUGAAUCCAAAUCUAAAUCUCUUAAUAUUAAUUUGCCAACAAUAAAUUUGCCUAGUUUUGACGGCAAUUAUUUGAAGUGGCUGGAAUUUCGAGAUACUUUUCGUUCUAUGGUAAACGAAAAUGAGUCAAUUCCGAAAAUUAAUAAAUUUCAUUAUUUACGGUCCGUGUUGGAAGGUAGUGCCGCGGUAGUGAUAAAAUCAAUUGAGUUUUCAUCGGAAAAUUAUGAUGUAGCAUGGGACCUACUUUGCAAACGAUAUGACAAUACAAGACUUCUUGUUAACGAUCAUUUAAGGGCAUUGUUUUCAUUUCAACCUAUUGCUAGGGAAUCCCAUCAGUCACUGCGUUAUAUGAUUGAUUAUUUCACAAAACACUUGCGAGCUCUAGGUACCCUAAAGGAACCUACUUCCUUCUGGGACACUUUGAUAAUUUUUAUGAUGACAACAAAACUAGAUGGCGCCACAAGUCGCAAAUGGGAGGAGCACAGGAAUUCAUUGACUAAGCCGCCUACUCUUGAAUCGUUUUGUGAAUUUUUACGUAAUCGUGCUGAUGUUUUGGAAACUGUACACUUUUGCAAAACUGAACAACCAAAGACUGAUAAACACGUUCAAAGUAAAGAACCAAAAUAUACUAAAUCUUUUGUUGCUGCAAAUUCAUCGUCUAAAUCGUGUAUUAUUUGUUCAAAAAAUCAUUUUCUUUAUGAGUGCGAUAAAUUUAAAAAUAUGAAUGUAGAUGCAAGAUCGAAAGAAGAAAGCAGAAACAACAACAUACCUAACCCAUCUUCUUCUUCUCAAGGCGGUAGUGCCAAUGAACAGGUGUCGCUGUCUGCAAUGAUGCCUGGUCAAGUGUUGCUUUGUACCGCUCAGGUGAGAAUAGUUGAUCCGAACAGUAAUAUAACUUAUCUCGUGAAAGCGCUUCUCGACAACGGAAGCCAGGCGUCUUUCGUGACGGAAGAACUACAAAGAAAGAUUAACUUACCUAUUUCUCAUCAAAAUCCUAUAAAAGUAUUGGGAAUUAAUAACACAGUCUGUGCUGCAUCACAAGUGUGUAACAUAAAAAUACAAUCACGGGUCAAUUCUUUUCACAUGAUGGUAUCUUGUCUGGUCAUACCACAUAUAACAAAUAGAUUACCUAACGUCGAAAUAGACACGUCUACGUUGAACUUACCUGCGAACAUUGAGUUGGCUGAUCCAAGCUUUUUUAAUCCCUCUGAUAUUCAUAUGUUGUUAGGGGCAGAUGUAUUCUGGGAGAUCGUUCAUGGUCAUCAGAUUAAGCUUGGGCGUAAUAAGCCUACUCUCCAAGAAUCACGAUUAGGUUGGUUGAUAUCUGGGCCAACUGGUGUAGGUUCUGGUUCAGGAGUUCAUGACAAAAUUUGUAAUUUCUUCCGAAAUAUAAAUGAAUCUCUUCCUAGGUUUUGGGAGAUUGAGGAAUUACCCCCUCUUAACAGGCAGAAGUUCUCAAAGGUUGAUGAGGUAUGUGAAUCUCAUUUUUUACAAAAUACAAAGCGUACUGAAGAAGGUCGAUUCUCAGUACUGAUGCCUUUGAGUGAGUCGCCUGAUAGAGCUCUGGGUGAUUCUUUCAAUACAGCUAAAUGUAGAUUUUUUAGUUUAGAGAAAAAACUCGACAAGUUUCCGAUUUUGAAAAAAAUAUAUAAAGCUUUUAUUCAUGAGUAUGAACGGUUGGGCCAUUUAUCACCAAUCGAGAGACCUCCUUUCGGGUACUAUUUACCUCAUCACCCUGUGACACGUGAUCAAAGCGAAACUACACCUAUGCGCGUCGUGUUCGAUGGCUCAUGUAAAACCACGAGUGAUUACACAGCUUGUAAGGUCGGUAGUGCAGGACGAUUUGUUUUCGAUCUUGUCACGUUUUCGUUAUAA